AUGUUGAAUCAUCUGAAAUCAGGCCUAAAAAAAAUACAAAAAAUUAAAAAACUAGCGCAAGUUACUGAAAUUGAAAGCGAUGAAUUUUCAAGUCAAGUAUUCUAUAGUACUGCAUCUCCGCCCUCCACACCACUUCAUAUUUCACUUCAACAUGAGUCUCAAGAACAAUUUAAUCAGUUACGCGAAAGUGAGGAUAGCUAUCAGAAUAACUUCAAUCAGUUAUUAAAGGCCCCAGUUACUGAAAUAUUAUCAAAUACUAUUGCUAAAUCUAAUGCAGGAUUACGAAAUGUUAGUUGGGUUUGGGAUUAUAUGAAAAAAGAUAAAUUAAAAAAACAAGUUACAUGUGAGGUAGUUACAUUAUUAGACGGAAAUAGCAAAAAAUGCAACAGAACUUUUAGUAUCACAACUUCAACUACACACCUAGGUGAACAUCUUAAUGCAAUUCAUAGAAUUUUUUCUAGUAAACAAUAUAAAAAAAAUUCACAAGGGCAAACAAUAAUAGAAUCAAAUAAAUCUAUUCGAACUAUACCUUCAAUGUUAUUAAAAUUAGAUCCUCAUAAACCCGCCAAACAAGAAAAAUUAGUAUUUCAUUUAAUAGCAUGGAUUGUUGAAGAUUAUCAACCCAUGACUGUUGUAGAUAGUCAAAAUUUUCGUCGUUUUUGUUAUGAAAUGGAUCCCCGUUUUAAAGUUCCUGGUUCAGCACAAAUUAAAACAAAAAUUAAAGAAUCAUUACUUUUUGCUGAAGACCAAUUACAUAUGUGGACAAGCAUGCACCGUCCUUAUAUUGGUGUAACAAUUCAUUGGCUUUCAAAAAAUUUUGAUUUAUAUCAAGCAGUUUUAACUAUUGAAGAAUUCCCUUAUUCACACUCAGGAGAUCAUAAUGACAAAUCAAUUGUUAAGGGGAUGCGCCUUCUUGAAACACCUCAUAUUCGGUGCACAGCACACACAAUUCAGUUAGCUAUUAAAGACGGUCUUAAUGUAUGCGAUGACCUUUUGACCAAAGCAAAAAAAUUAAACAACUGGCUGGUAAAAAGAGAUCGAUAUCGUCAAAGUCUUCGCAAUAUUCAAAAUGAGCUCAAUCAACUAUCUGCAGAUGAGUCUGAAAAUUUGGGAUGGCCAUUAUUAGGCGAUUAUAAUUCUGAAUCAGAUAAUGAUGAUUUACCAGUACAAUCAACGUCAAUGCAGCCAAUUGAACAAGCAAAAAAAAAAAAAACCUCUAUUGUAGAGCCUAUCUGUGAUAAAGAGUUAGAUGAGUUAAUCUUGCUUCUAUUGCCUUUUGCUCAGUCAACAAAAUUAAUUGGUGGUGCACAAUAUCCUACUCUUAGCAUGAUGCUCCCUACCAUUUCACUUUUAUCUUCACAUCUGCGUCAUAUAAAAUCAUCUCUUAUUUCACCUAAUAUCCUAAACAUUUGCCAACUAAUUGAGGAUUCUAUGUCUGCCUGUUGGGAAACACCUCUAAUGGAAGCUUAUAUCACCUCUUAUUUAGACCCCCGGUUUAAAAAUUUAUCUUUUGUUAGCAAUGAAAAAAAAAAAAGAGUUUUAGAUUUUUUAUCUGAAAUGAUAAAUACAACUAAAACUACUACUAACACCUUGCAAACUGAAAUGGAUCGGUUUUAUGAUGGCGAAACUUCUGAUUAUCUUGUGAAUAAUGAAUUAGAACAAUAUGAAAAAGUGAUGCAAAUAAAUAAAUAUUUUAUUGAUGAACCUCGUUAUAAAAUACAUAAUCCUCUUACUUGGUGGUGUACAAAUCAAAAAGAUUAUCCAAAUUUGGCAGCUUUGGCACGCAAAUAUCUCUCAUUUCUGGCCACUUCUGUGCCCUCUGAACAGUUAUUUUCUAAUAUGGGCAAUGUCCUAACACAAAAGCGAAAUCAGUUAGAUCCAAACACA